AUGAAUAAUCUAAAAGCUAUUGAAUUUCUUACAACAGUAGAUCAAAGUUUUAUCGAUCAAAAUCUACAAUUAUAUUCAAAUAUCUAUGAAAAUAUGCAAUUAGGUGAUUACGGUCCAAUUGAAUGUUCAAUUCUAGAAAAAUAUCAUAAUCAAUGUAAUCAUUUUUGGCCAAAAGCAAACAUAUUUCAAAUAAAUCCAACACCAAAUGUUGAACAAUCUCAAUCUCAAUCACUUGCACUACCACCAUCGUACUCAUCUAUUUCAACAAUGCCACCACCUUCAUAUUUAUCUUGUGAUAGUCAAAUAAAUGAUGAUAUCUGUUCAUCAUCAUCAAAAAUAAUUAAUGUUGAAUUUCUUUAUACAACAACAACUAUUGAUAUAACAAUAACAACAAUGAAGUAUAAACGAAAUCAAUUAUUUGAUUUACAUGAACUUGGUGCAACAUUAGAUUGUUUAUGGAAAUCAAUUUACAUGAUUGAUAUUACAUUUCAAGCACGACCAGGUAAUAACAAUACAAAUUCAACAGCAAUUAAAGAUAAGCUUAUUGAACAAUGGCUUGAAACAUUAGUUCAUUCAACUGUAUUAACUGAACAUUAUCCACAUUGA